GCCUUAGGGGCAGUUGCCGAACAUCCAUCCUGUAUCCUUCAACAAAAGGUGAAGGGUUCGACCCACCUGCUGGGACAAGUUCUCUGAUUGGAUCACUUUUUCACAAGCGUUCUGAGGCCGCUGAAGCCCGCUCACCUGCAUGGGCACUUAUGUGUGAACGUGUAAAUGCUGAGAUUAAAAUCAGGCAGAGGAGGGUGUGACUGGUAAUGAGGGCCAGAGAUGCCUGUUUCCAUAGGAACCAUAUUCAGAGGACUGGCGCUGCCUCCUCGUUGCCACGGUAACCUGUUGGGCUUUCUGGAAGCAGCUCAGCUGAUGUGAUUUAAGAACUUGAAGAAUGGUGACAGAUCACAUUCCUGCUCCUGCUGUUGCUGCUGCACACACACACACUCACACACACACGCACACACACGCACGCGCGCACACACACGCACGCACGCGUCAACAUGUCAAGGAGACUGGUUCAGGAAUCUUGGGCCAGAUCCGAGGACAGGAUCGGGAUUGUGGAUCGGGUCAGGAGUUCUGGUGCAAGAUCAGAACUAAAAACGAUCACUAACGUUUGAUGAUUAUCACGUGACCCGAUUGAUGCGCUCAUUACUCACGUGGUGAUUCAAACAUCACGCUUGUGUCUGCACUGACUGUCGCGCGCCUCUCCUCUGCUGGAGAACGCGCCUGCACACGGGAGCGCGCAUCACUGAUCCUAGGACAGAGUCUCGGGCUCGCGAGCAUCAGGUCACCCGAAAGUCCUCCAGCAUCACGAGCCAGAACCGACUUAGAGGAAUCAGAACCGCUGGGUCCACGAGAGAAGAGUCGGAACCGAACCUGGAACCCAGCGGCUGGCAAAGCCAACAGAGCCGCGCUGAAUCAACAGGACGAACCGACACCGAACCCGCGGGUCCGGUCUCUAAUCCGCACAAACAGAACCGCGUCUGCGUACACUCUACCAGAACCACAGUCUGAAUUUUCAGAGACCCAAACGGAACCAGAUCGGCUAAGCGUUUAAAAACUCAUUUGAAUGAAACCCUUAACCUGACAGAACCGAGCCACCGAACCGGAACGUGACCUGCUGAUCCAUCCUGGGAUCACUGGGGGUGGGUGGGUGGGGGUGGGGGGACCCGAACCGGAGCAGGAGACCAACGGAGCCGCGAAGUGGGUCCUGAACCCGCUGUCACUCCAGAACCAGAACCUGCAAGGACGGACCCGCAGCAGCAUGGAGGUUCACGGCGUGCUGCUCCUGGCCGUGCUACACUGCUGCUCGGUGGCUCUGGGUGGCUGUGAGCCCCGCCAGAUCAACGUCGGCGCCGUUCUGAGUCAGAAGCGCUACGAGCAGGUGUUUAAGGAGGCAGUGACUCAGGCCAACGCCCUCUACGGGAAGGACAAAUUCAAGAUGAACGCCAUCUCCGUCACACACAAACCCAACGCCAUCCAGAUGGCACUGUCCGUAUGUGAGGACCUCAUCUCCCAUCAGGUUUAUGCCAUCCUGGUGAGUCAUCCUCCACAGUCCAACGACCACCUGACUCCAACUCCCGUCUCCUACACUGCCGGUUUCUACCGCAUCCCAGUGGUCGGCCUGACGACGCGCAUGUCCAUCUACUCAGACAAGAGUAUCCACCUGUCCUUCCUGAGGACCGUCCCCCCAUACUCCCAUCAGGCCCAGGUGUGGUUCGACCUGAUGAGGGAGUUCAGGUGGAACCACAUCAUCCUCAUUGUCAGCGACGACCACGAGGGCAGAGCCGCCCAGAAGAAACUGGAGACACUGCUAGAGGAGCGCGAGACCAAGACUAAAAACAGGAACUAUGAAAACCUCGACCAACAGAACUUUGACUUCAGGAGAACACCUAAGGCAGAGAAGGUGCUGCUGUUCAGCCAAGACACCAACCUGACGGCUCUGCUGAUGGAGGCCAGAGACCUGGAGGCCCGAGUCAUCAUCCUGUCAGCCAGUGAGGAUGAAGCUGCAGCCGUGUACAAAGCUGCCCGUCAGCUCAACAUGACCGGUUCUGGUUACGUGUGGCUGGUGGGAGAAAGGGAGAUGAAUGGGAAGGCUCUGAGUGAAGCUCCGGAUGGCUUGCUGGGACUCCAGCUGAUUAACGGUAAGAACGAGUCGGCUCACAUCACGGACGCCGUCGCCGUGGUGGCUCAGUCUCUCCAGGAGCUGUUUGAGAAGGAGAACAUCACAGAGCCUCCUCGAGGCUGUGUGGGAAACACCAACAUUUGGAGAACCGGGCCACUCUUCAAACGGGUGCUGAUGUCAUCAAAGUACCCAGAUGGCCUGACAGGACGAAUUGAGUUCAACGAUGAUGGCGACCGGCGUUUUGCCACUUACAGCAUCUUGAACUACCAACAGAAACCAGGUCGCCUUGUCCAGGUCGGAGUCUUCAACGGAACACAGGUUGUGAUGAACCCCCAGAGGAAGAUCAUCUGGCCUGGAGGAGAGACAGAGAAACCAGUUGGGUACCAGAUGUCCACCAAGCUGAAGAUCGUAACGAUCCACCAAGAGCCGUUUGUUUAUGUCAAACCGACGAAGAGCGACGGGACGUGUAAAGAGGAGUACACUGUUAACGGAGUUCUAAUCAAGAAGGUUAUCUGUACUGGACCCAACGGAACCAUACCAGGUCAGCCCAUCGUCCCUCAGUGCUGUUACGGGUUCUGCAUCGACCUGCUCAUCAAGCUCGCCAUGAGCAUGAACUUCACCUAUGAAGUUCACCUGGUGGCUGAUGGGAAAUUUGGAACACAGGAGCGAGUGAACAACAGCAACAAAAAGGAGUGGAAUGGGAUGAUGGGUGAACUUCUGGGGGGACUGGCUGACAUGAUUGUGGCCCCCCUCACCAUCAACAACGAGCGUGCUCAGUACAUCGAGUUCUCCAAACCGUUCAAGUACCAGGGGCUAACCAUCCUGGUUAAGAAGGAAAUCCCUCGUAGCACUUUGGACUCGUUCAUGCAGCCUUUCCAGAGCACCCUGUGGUUAUUAGUCGGCCUGUCGGUCCACGUGGUGGCAGUGAUGCUCUACCUACUAGACCGGUUCAGCCCUUUCGGGAGGUUUAAAGUCAACAGUGAAGAAGAAGAAGAAGAUGCCCUCACCUUGUCUUCUGCCAUGUGGUUCUCAUGGGGAGUCCUACUGAACUCUGGGAUCGGAGAAGGAGCUCCAAGGAGCUUCUCCGCCAGGAUCCUGGGGAUGGUGUGGGCAGGUUUUGCUAUGAUCAUCGUAGCUUCGUAUACUGCCAACCUGGCAGCCUUCCUGGUGCUGGACCGGCCUGAGGAGCGCAUCACUGGCAUCAAUGACCCCAGGCUGCGUAACCCAUCAGAUAAAUUCAUCUACGCCACAGUGAAGCAGAGCUCUGUGGACAUCUACUUCAGACGGCAGGUGGAACUGAGUACUAUGUACCGACACAUGGAGAAACACAACUACGAGAGUGCUGCCGAGGCCAUCCAGGCAGUCCGAGACAACAAACUGCAUGCCUUCAUCUGGGACAGUGCUGUGCUGGAGUUUGAAGCAUCGCAAAAAUGUGAUCUGGUAACAACUGGAGAGCUUUUCUUCCGCUCUGGGUUUGGGAUCGGAAUGAGGAAAGACAGUCCGUGGAAGCAAAACGUUUCUUUGGCGAUCCUAAGCUCUCAUGAAAAUGGCUUCAUGGAGGAUCUGGACAAGACGUGGGUUCGAUACCAGGAGUGUGACUCCAGGAGCAACGCACCUGCCACCCUUACCUUUGAAAAUAUGGCAGGCGUGUUCAUGCUGGUGGCCGGCGGUAUCGUCGCAGGAAUCUUCCUCAUCUUUAUUGAGAUCGCCUACAAACGACAUAAAGAUGCUCGCAGGAAACAGAUGCAGCUGGCAUUCGCAGCAGUGAAUGUUUGGCGGAAAAACCUGCAAGAUAGGAAAAGUGGUAGAGCAGAGCCCGAGUCCAAUACCUCUUUUAGGUCCAUCACUUCGACCUACGACCUCAAACGCCGUAUGGCCCCCGGAGACGCCACGCCAUACCCAACUGACAUCACCGGCCAGCUCAACCUAUCAGAUCCCUCUGUUAGCACCGUGGUGUGAGAGCAGGAGGAGGAGCGUCACUGCUGCUGGAACACACACACACACACACACACACACACACACACACACACACACACACACACACACACACACACACACACACAGCCUGCCCAGCUUGUAUCCAUCAAUCUCCUGUCUCCAAAAGUUUUUUAUUUUGAAAAAACGGCUUUUAUUUUGGUGUGUGAAGUCUGUCCUGUUUCCUGUUGUGUAUACCAGUUCAGACUGGUUUGUGCUGUCACUGCUGGUCAUAAAAUCACACCUGUUAAUCAGGUAGCUGAGAAGCUGCAGCCUGAUUGGUCAGUUUUUGUUCAGUUGCUGGCCCAGGAACUGACCAAUCAGAAGCCUGAACACUGAGCAUGGCAGGUGGGUGGAGCCUCUGGAACAGAAAUCCCAAUCCCAAUACUUGCCCUGCACCCUUCAGCAAAGUGCACUAGGAGAAAAUGCGCUGUGAGGCUUCGAGUGCGUGCCGGGAUGCUGGUCGCUGUGUUACUUUUUUCAAAAACCUUUAUUAACAACUUUCAAACAAACAACUGAACAGUUAUUUGAAAUGAAUUUACAUUCAUUGCUGCUUUGUCUAAAAGUUUUGGAGCAUCACCAAAUCGUUCUAAAACAAACUAAUUUUAGUAGAGAACACAGUUUCAGAAAAGGAACUCGAGCCUUUUCUCCUGCAGCAAUGGAUUGUGGAUAAUACACCUCACCCAAGUCUGCAUCGAUGCGGACUUGGGUAAAAAGCAGAUCAAGGGUGCAAAAGGGGCGUGAUCAACUUCCGCACUUGAGAAUUGGGACACCCAACGCACUCACACCCCCUGUUUGAGAUCGCGCAGUUGAAGGGUGUAAGAGUGGAAGUGUGAGAAUUGGGAUUGGGCCCAAGUUCACACUGCUGACAUCAUAAAUGUGGACGCCCCGUGGACUAGCGUUGCCUAUUAGAGUUGCGAUAGUGGCCGCCAUCUUGAAUGGGUUCCCAUUCGCCCCCCAGUAAUUUAUUUCUCUUGAGGAAGGCGCUUAACCAACUACAAAACACGUUUUAGUAUGCUUUUUUGCAAAGUCAGACAUAUGGUAUGGCGUGAUAAUUAAAAUAUAAAUAUAGUAAAAUAAAUUAAAAUAGGAAUUUCCAACAGCUAGGCUAUGUAAGUCAAUAGUAAUCUCAUGUGAUCUGUUAUUAAAAGUACGCCAGCUGUUGGAACAGUGGCUGCACAGAAAACGGCAUAGUUGCUCAGUCUGUGUUGACUCCGGUUGGGUUUGGAGUGUGGAACCCACCCAACAUGGCGGCAGCACUGUUAUGCUCUCCAGCGCCGCCCAAUGAGGCAUCUAUGCAUUCAUGUCUGUGGUUCACACAGCAGGAUAUUUAAACAGCUGGAUGACUUUCAAAGCAUGGUAGACCUCAUGUGCUGAUUAAAAAUCACUCAUAUGACAGUUUAGGUCCUACAGAGAGUGGUGCGCAGCAGUUUUGGUAAAAGCGUAUAGCAGAGGAGGAGUGAAGAGUGCAGCGUGCUUCCUUUACCUUGUUUUCUGAUUGGCUACACCUCACAUUCAACAGACAGCAUGCUUGUUUGUCCUCGUUAUCCAACCAAGACGAUUAAAUCUGUGGAACAUCUCGAGUUAUAGAGUGGAGCGGUCCCAACCUGCUUCCGAGUGGACCAGAGUGCUCCUAAUGCACCACACAAGGUAGGAUGGUCUGACCAGAUUAUCUUUAAAGACACCACGGUAAUGGGAGUGGGGGUGUUGGCCCAAAAAUCAUCCAGAUUAUCCUGCCAUGUGAACCGCGCCUUAGUAAACCUGGUCUUGAGGAUUGUGGGAAAUGAAGUCACUGGAAACCUUCCUGGAUAGUUUCAGUGAAUCAGGAAACGUGCUGCUUCAGAAAGGUUUUGUUACAUUUGGGUUUCUGAAGGAGGACCAUUUUGUUUUUCCUCUUUUAUCCUGUUUGUUUUAGAAGGAAAAUAAAAAACAGCUAAAAUCUAUAACAUUUUAUAUAACUGACAAAAUAUUUAGAUGCGUGUAAUGAUGUUUAUUUGUUGAUAGUUUUAGGAUGAGUUUUUAUAUUUUAAAUUUUUAAUUUCUGAACCAGAAUCAAAGUUUCUGCAGGUUGCUAGUUAAUACUUUCAGGAAAAAAAUGUAUUUGGCCAAAAGAAAAUAUAUAUUUACUGAACAGUUUUGUCAGUGUAUGAAUUUAUAUCAAACUUUAAUCAUUCAGAUUCACUUCCACCCGAGAGCCGAUUGUUAUUAUUAAUAAUAGGCUUUUUAUUAUUAUUAUUAUUAUUAUUAUUAUUAUUAUUAUUAUUAUUGUUGUUGUUGUUGUUGUUUAUUUGUUAAUGCACAUGUAUCAUUUGGGCUCUCAGGUGAAACCUGAACCUGGGCUCUGCAGCAGCAGCGCCCUCUGCUGGUCACUCUCAGUAGGAAACAUGUUCAUCAGCUGAUCUCUUCCUGCAUUUUUUCAGGUUCUUCAAGGAUUUAGGUGAAAAUUGGAGUAUGUUUUUAUUUUACUACAGAUUUUUAUUACCGUUUUAUGCUUAUUUUAUUUUUAUAAAUUACAGAGAAAAACUGUAAAUAUAAAUAGAUUUCUCACAGCA